AUGGAAAAGCUGUGGUUGUCGGAGGAGGAUACAUUGGAGUUGAGUGCAGUUUUGAAACUCAAUAAUGUUGAUGUUACCAUGGUCUACCCAGAACCUUGGUGUAUGCCAAGACUUUUUACUUCUGAAAUUGCUUCUUUCUAUGAGGGAUAUUAUGCCAAUAAAGGUAUCAAUAUCAUUAAAGGGACAGUUGCUAUUGGAUUCACUUCCAACUCCGAUGGAGAGGUAAAAUAA